AUGUCGCUUGCUCGAGUGCCUCGUUGUGCGGCGACGGGAGCGGGAACGGUGCCACGGGCAGCGCCGCAAGAUCUCGAUCCGCUCCACUCUUCGAGGCUGGAAAAUCAUCCGGAUACAAGUGCGGCCUUUCCGAAGUCCGCCGGUCGCAUCCCGAAGUCACUUAGCCAAGGAGGUAUCCAACCACAGGGCUAUGGUGCUCUUCCGCAAUCACCUCGAGCGGGGCUAGACGUGGCUGCUGGGGGGAUGCUUGUGGACAGCUCGGACGGCAUCGUGUCAUCGGCACAGGACGAGGACCUCUUGGCAGAGAUCCGCUCCCUCGAGCAACGCUUACGGGAAGAGAUUACAUGGGCUCAAGCACAUGGCGUCCAGCUGGCAGGGCCAGACCCAGAGUCAGCCGGAUUGAUGCAGAAUGCCAGCUCGACUGCGUACCCUGCAUCUACCGCAGCGGGUGCGGACACAGUCCUGGCACAUGGUGUGGCGGAACUCAGGGUGCAGGCACCUACACGAGGGCCACCAGCCUCGGAGUUUGCGCACCUCACCAGAAGCGAGUACAUCAAGCUCAAAGCGCAGCGUCGGCAUGCAGCCCUGACUAUCCAGAUGCAAAUAAAGGUGUACCUGGUUCGCCAGUACAUGUGCUGGAGUUCCCGUGUGCCAUCCAUCAAGCGAAUCCAAGCUUAUUGCUGGAGAUAUUUGGCACAGGUACAGAUGCUGGAGAACAGGAGAAACGCACAGCUAAAGUUCGCCUUGCUCAUGGUCCGGCUUCAGGCCAGAAUCCGCCUGCGGUUGGCCAGGAAGAAAGCUGAAAAGCUGAAGCAACAGGAGGAGGAGGCGAAGCUCUGGCACGCGGCUCUUUGGAAGCUCCAAGGCGAAGCUUCGGUGAAGAUCGGGGCCAAGUGCCGGAGUUUCAUAGCUGGAACCCAGCUAAGCUCGAGUUUGAAGCCCUCGUCGGUGCGGGAGAUCCAGAGGUCGUGCCGCGUGCACGGAGCGAGAGUUUUCCUGCUAGACACAAGGAGACGCAUCCACGCAGCUCGAGAGAUACAGCGGAUGUGCCGGGUGCACUGGAGUCGGCUGCAGGUGCGUGAUUCCUUGGCAGUGGCUCGCGAGCAGGAGCGCAUGCGUAUCCGUGCAAUAAUGCGGUUGCAGACGCUGCUGAAAGGCAUGAGAGCUCGACAGGAGCUCCAUCACUUGCGUGUGCUGAACGACGAGGCCGAGCGCAACCGGCGGCGACUGGAGGAAGACCGGGUAGAGGAGCCGGAGCUUCCUGUCCUCGAUCCGCAACCCCUGCAGCCCGGUAUGAUUGUAUAUGAACACGGAACGUGGGGGAUUCAGGUCCUUUUGCGUUUGAGAGGAUCUGUUAUUCCGAAGGCCUUGGUCUGGGCAGUCCCUUGUGCCGCAGUAACAGUCCUCCUUCACCUAUAUUGGAACCAGGAGAAAGCGGAGGACAACCGUGAGAUGGAAGGGAUCCACACCAUCUGGUCAGCAUUCACUUUUGUUCUGGGCUUCCUGAUCGUCUUUCGCAGCAACCAGGCAUACUCGCGUUUCUGGGAGAGUGUCACUUUGUUCCAUCAAAUCUCCGGCGAGUGGACAAGUGCCUUCAGUAACAUCCUCUCAUUUUGCAGCCCCGAUCCGCAGAAGCAGGACCAGGUAGACGAAUUCAGGCAGUAUCUUACCAGAUUGAUGAGCCUCCUACACUGCAGUGCUCUGCAGACGACCUGCGAACUUGACGACGACAGCCUAGAAGUGCUGGAUAUUGGUGCUGUCAGCAGCACGGGGCUUCUCCACUUUAGAGACAGCCCUGACCGUUGCGAGACUGUUAUGCUAUGGCUCCAGCGCUUGAUCAUGGAUGCAGAGCGAUCGAAACUCCUCGAAGCACCGCCGCCGAUUCUCUCUCGAGCAUUCCAAGAGCUGUCACGAGGGAUGGUGAGCAUGACCAACCUCAGAAAGAUUCGUGAUGUUCCUUUCCCGUUUCCAUACUCUCAGUUUCUGUCUUGCAUUCUCCUGGCCCAUUGGAUUCUUACUCCGCUGGUCGCAAGCCAGACAGUGAUGAAACCAUGGUGGGCCGGCAUCAUCGUCUUUGUAGUUGUGACAUCGUACUGGACUUUGUUCUACAUUGCUCAAGAAAUUGACCAGCCUUUCGGCGAAGAUGCGAACGACUUGCCUGUCAGAGAGAUGCAGCGCAAAUUCAAUGCCAAAUUAGAGUUUUUCAUUAAGCCUGAUUCAUACACGGUACCCUCCUUGAAUUUGGACGCAAGCCAACACAUCUGCUUGCUGGCAUCAACCUUCAGCGUAGCGCUGAGCAGGGGCGCCACCGGCACCGCCACAACCUCAGAGCAUCUCAUGCCAAUCACUGACACCGGUGCAUGCGGUGAGAGCAGGUGGUUGCAGCCAGAUCUUGGCGACAGUGCGGGGGAAACUAUGAAUGAGUCCAUUACAGCGCCGAAGUCUUUGAUGCACGAUUCUGUAGGGCCUACAAUGCUAAUGAUCCCUGAACCGAGAUCGAUGGAGAAGGUGGAACGCCUAGAAACUGAGACACUGCAAUCCAUAAAGGUUGAAGAGGAGGGUGGCAAGCAGCUUCUGGAUUGGGCUUCGCUUGAGCAGUUGGUAUCUCUGCUGCUCCUGAACCCGGACCAGGUUUCGCUGCAAAGUCUAGGAGAUUGCGAGGGCUUGUCCGGAAGCAUGGGCACAGCGUCAAAGUGGGUCACGACGGAUGUGCUGAAGGAUGCGUCCGAGAGGUUAGAUGACGCACUGACUUCCAUGCGUGCUACCCGUUCCCAACAGAAGAGAUGGGGCCUCGACAUCGACCAGUUGACCUCGUUGCAACGAGCUCUUGCUCAGUUUGACAGGAUUCGGGCACUGUGA